UUCGCCUUUCCGCACGCAUUCGCGCGAUUGUUAUGCGUGCGCUCUGCGUCUCGCUCGGCUUUCUCGGGAAGAAGGAUCGCUCUUAGUUAGACCGCGUCUGGUUCGAUUGCGACUGCGAUUCUCUGGACGAACUUUCACGUGCAAAAUGUCAAAAGUGCGCGUCUCCAAUGGAAGUCCGACGCUGGAGAGGGUGGACGCGAGGCAGGCGGAUCACGCCAAACCGGCGGUCUGCAGAAACCUCUUCGGCUCCGUGGAUCGCGAAGAGUUCGCGAGGGACGUCAAGGAGCAAAUGCUGGAGAUGGAGAAAGCGUCCAAGGAAAAAUGGAAUUACGACUUCGACAAAAACGAGCCGCUCGCGCCUGGCGACUACGAGUGGCAGGAGGUGGACGCGAAAGAGGUGCCGGAGUUUUACACCAGACCGCCUCACGCAAAACGGGAUACCUCGACCGGGACUGUGGAUCAUAACGGGAACCACGACUGUUUGUUGACAACGAGCGUACAGGGGGACUCUGACAACGCGGAGCACGGGAGUCGCUCGGAUUGCCGAACGGCGCUGACCACGCCGAGAAAAAGACCGUCGACAGAGGAUCAGGGUAAAUGUUUUGGGAGUCUCGGUGCUCUUGCGUUAUUUGCGCGCCAAACGGGACUCAAAUGCAUAACAUUGUAG